UUUAUGCAAAAAGGCAGAGGUUGUUUAUUAAAGAGUCAGGGAACAAUGUGCUGGUUCUAAAAGUCACGGGUUUGGAGAGGUCGAUCAGACCCAUCAUACAUUGACCCCGUAUUUUAGAUUCACAUUUGGAACGGACUGGUUGGCUGCGCCGCUCUUUUGUGCAAUCACCACCCCCUGCUCACUUUCCCCUUUCCUAUUCUCUUAUUUGGCUGGCAGCCCCUUCCAUAUCUUCGUAUAUUUUCGCGAUGGAUAAGCUUGAGAACGAUAUUCUAGAGCUAUUUGAGGAUGAUGGCGCUAGCGGCAGUCGCAAUGACAGCCGCAGCAAGUCUCACAGUGGUCACAAGCGGCGCCGACACAGCCGCGAUCGGCACAGCCCACGCAGGCACUCUCCGCCGCUCUGACUAUUCAGGUUCCGACUCGAACAUGGAUGUAGACAGUGAUUCGAAUCUGUCCGUUGCCGACAGUCGCACGGGUCGCGACGACGAACAGCCCUUGGACGAGUGGGGACCUGAUCUCAUGGGGGACCAGAAGGACCGCAAAUGGCUUGCGUCCCUCAACGAAGUCGAGCGUGAACGCAUUUUGGCCGAGCGCCAAGAGAAGCGCGACUUGCUGGAGGAGCAACGCGAGCUGAAGAUGAAACUCAAGGCAGGCAACCGUGGGCUGGAUGAUACCAGUAGGUCACGUAGUACCCGGUCAGACCGCUAUGAGUCGUCGCGCUGGCGCAUUUUCGGAUCUAAAGCGAGCCCGUGAGCGCCGCCGCCAUGGUGACGGUGGGUGGACGCCUUCGGGAGACGAACUGGGGAGCGAGAGCGAGGACGACGGCGAGCCGCCAGCUACGCUGGAUGAACUGCAAACAAUUUGUCUGUCGCGUAACCAGAUUGAAAAAUGGCUGUUUUCACCGUUCUUUGCGGAUACA